AUGCCUUUUCGUGAGAAGUUGAAGCGAAUUUGGCGUCGGAAGAAACGUCCCGUGCCAUCCACGAAAUCCACAGCUCCACAGUCCGAUGAACGACAGGGAACACCAGUCAACUCGCGCCCAUCUAACUCGAGUCUGCCGGCCAACCCGAGCCCGCCAGUCAACUCGAGUCCAUCAACCAGUGUCCAACAGGCGCCUCAAACACUAUCUCUACAAGCUUCCAAUACUCCACCACAAACUAAAGCCAGUAAUGACGGAGCACUCGUCGCGAAACCGGCUAGUGAACCUUCAAAAGCACCGAAGUCUGCUUUCGACAGAGCAGUCCAGCAACUCGACCCCGAGGCGCGUGCAGCCUUCAAAGAUGCCAAAACUCCAGAGAAAAUCCUACAACAGGCUCGAGAUCUUGGAGAGAGCCACAAAGAAUCCACGGAAAAGCUGUCGAAGGGCCUUGAAAUCGUCACGCUCUCCAUCAACCGUUUCCAAUUUCUCGCCUCUGCAGAUCCGUCAUCAGUCGCUCCUCUUGUGAUGGGUGGAGUAAAAUGCAUUAUGGACAUCGCAACAAACUACAUUUCGUAUUUCGACCGUCUCGUUGGCAUUAUCCUGAACUUGGAAGAAGAUAUCCUUGUCGACGUGUACAUCGAUGUUUUGGAGUUUUGCCAGAAAAUCCGAUCCAUGUUCACGGAAAGUGAUGGUAGUAAUACAAAAGGCCCAGGAUUCUGGCAGAAACUCAAGUUGAGCUUCUCGGGACAAAUCGAUUCCGAAACCAAACUAAUCCAAGAGCGUCUGAAGAAGCAUCGCGACCUUGUCCUAGAAACGGCUAUAGCAAAAAUCUUGAGCGGACUAGAAGAACAAGGCAAAGCGGACAUGCUUAGAUGGGUCUCCUCUGCAAACCACGAGAAAGAGUACAACGACAACCUGAGAAGAAAACACGAAGGAACAGCAAACUGGCUACUCGACGAUCCGAGAUUUCAGACUUGGCACAAAGCCCCAAACGGACACGCUUUGUGGUGUUUUGGAGGUCCCGGAAUGGGGAAAACUGUCAUUGCUUCUAACGUAAUCAACUACAUCAAAGUUCAGUCCUCCCUCGAUGACAAUGUCGGAAUUGCUUUUCUCUUCUGUCAGUAUGACGAUAUGAAGAAGUUCGAUCUUCCUCAAUUCCUGCAGCAGAUGGAGCCUUUACAAAGCGUCAAAGUUAUUAUGAUGAGCCGCCCACUAGCUGACAUCAAGGAAUAUCUCAAGGAUGUUCCUUCUAUUCAAAUAGACGCACUCCACGUCUAUGAGGAUGUGAAGCUAUACGUCCGCGAGUCGAUUGAGGGAACAACUGCAACCGAAAAAAACGUGCAGAUGCUCUCUAGGCCUACUACAUUCCCGUUCGGUGAUGCAGACUUCAAGGAAGAGCUCAUUAGCAGAUUGACAGAAAUGUCGAAGGGGAUGUUCUUAUGGGUGCAUUUACAGAUCAGAUCCCUCUUUGAGUCAAAAGAUGAGGUUACCGUCCGAAAGAAGCUGCAACAAUUACCUCCGGAUCUGCCAGAAACGUACGAAAGGAUGCUUUAUUAA